UCCAGCGCCCCCCUCGGCCCCGGGUUAUUAAUACCCGCGCGGCGCAUUCUCAGCUGGCGGCGGGGCAGGUGGCGGCGACGACCCGGGUCCGGGUCCGGACGCGAGUGCGGCUUUCCCGGUGGGACCUGGGGGCGGGCGCCCCUCCGCCGACCCGGGAACUUGGGGACGUGCUCGGUGACCCAGGACUCGGGACGGACCCCACGCUUGAGCACGCUUGUUGCCCACAGAUGCCCCCUCCCCGUCCAAAGGAGCAGCACGCCCCCGCACGGAGCCCCGCGUGAGAUGGCGCUGAGCCCCGCGCCCGUGAGCGGUUUCCCCGAGCCGUCUGCUGCCCCCAACGCAUCCCUCAACCGCUCGUGGGCCAGCCCCACAGAGCCCAGCUCCCUGGAGGACCUGGUGGCCACGGGUGCCAUCGGGGCAGUGCUGUCGGCCAUGGGCGUGGUGGGCGUGGCCGGCAACGUGUACACGCUGGUGGUCAUGUGCCGCGUCCUGCACACCUCAGCCUCCAUGUCUGUCUAUGUCGUCAACCUGGCGCUGGCCGACCUCCUCUACCUGCUCAGCAUCCCCUUCAUCGUGGCCACCUACGUCACCAAGGAGUGGCACUUUGGCGACGUGGGCUGCCGAGUUCUCUUCAGCCUGGACUUCCUGACCAUGCACGCCAGCAUCUUCACCCUGACCGUCAUGAGCAGCGAACGCUACGCUGCGGUGCUGAGGCCGCUGGACACGGUGCAGCGCUCCAAGGGUUACCGCAAGGUCCUCGCCCUGGGCACCUGGCUGCUGGCGCUGCUGCUGGCACUGCCCAUGAUGCUGGCCAUCCGGCUGGUCCACAGGGGCCACAAGAGCCUCUGCCUCCCGGUGUGGGGCCCGCGCGCCCACCGCGCCUACCUGACCCUGCUCUUCGGGACGAGCAUCGUGGGGCCCGGCACGGUCAUCGGGCUGCUGUACGUGCGCCUGGCCCGGGCCUACUGGCUGUCCCAGCGGGCCUCCUUCACGCAGACGCGGCGGCUGCCCAACCCCAAGGUGCUCUACCUCAUCCUGGGCAUCGUGCUGCUCUUCUGGGCCUGCUUCCUGCCCUUCUGGCUGUGGCAGCUCCUCGCCCAGUACCGCGGGGCCCAGACGCUGACGCCGCGCACUGCGCGCAUCGUCAACUACCUGACCACCUGCCUCACCUAUGGCAACAGCUGCGUCAACCCCUUCCUCUACACGCUGCUCACCAAGAACUACCGCGAGUACCGCCGGCGCUCGCUCCGCGCCAGGAGUGCCCGCGGGCCCGCCGGCGCCGGCCACUCCCUGCCGUGCCGGGUCCGCUUCCAGCGCGGCUCCGGCCACUCGCUGUCCUCCAGCAGCCAGCAGGCCACCGAGACCAUCACCCUGUCUCCGGCGGCCUCUAGAGCGGUCUGCGCCUGAGCGUCCCGGGGCCCCACGUGAGCGCCGGGGUCGAGAGGUGGGGGAGGCUUGAGUCCUGCGGGGAAGGGCCCCAGAAUGCAGUCUGCCCCCUGGAGCCCCUCCUAGGCCCCCACUGUCCCCCAUCACUUAGUCUUCAUCCAGAAAGUUCCCUGCUCUCCCUUCUGCAUGGCUCAGUUCAGCAUCGGCAGCCCAGCCAUCUUCCUGGUACCCAGACCAUCUAGGAGGGUCUGUGGGAGGGUCAGAGGGGUCCGUCAGGCCCGGAACCAGCUUCUGAAGACCGUGGCCCACAGAGUUUUCACCACCCACAGCAGUAGACACAGUGAGUGCCCGGCCAGGACCUGCUGGGACCCGUGGCAGGCACAUUCCUCUCCUGGCUGCGGUGCGGUCCCUGUGGCGCCGCUGUUCUGUGACCCAUCCCUGUCCCCGACCCUCCCAGCUCCCGCGUGGCUCCAUUCCGCACAGUGUCAGCACUGGGACGAUAAACCCUGAGCUCUGCACCCCUGUCCCGGCCUGGCAGCGGGGAUGGGCUGUGGAGGGGUAGGAAGCCUCUUCAGGAUGCCUCCCACAGCACGGGGCGGGGCCCGUCAGUCUGCUGGGGGGGGGGGGGACGCACAUCUUCCUUUGCAGGGGCCUGGUCCAGCUGCCCUGACGUGGUGGGCACGUGCCACCCAGCCUGCCGCAGGGUAGGAAAAGACAGCCCCACGUUGCUCGGGGAGGAGGGGGCAGCUGGGGGAUGGCAUUCCAGGGCAGGGGCAGGAACUGGGGGGUUCAGAUCACACCCUUUUGCAGCAUGGGAGUUUAUCUCAUGCCUCCUGCGUGCCGUGUCUGAGCUAGGCCUUCUGGGGACACUGAGGCCACCAGGCUCUGUCCACAGAGAGCCCACAGGGAAGGGUUCUAGACCUGUCCCCACCCCUCGCAGCCUCUACACGCUACCCUGGGGACCGGCUCCUACCCCACGGGCAGGUCUCAGCCUCGGCUUCAUGUCAGACUCAGUACCAUCCAGGCCCUUCCUGAUCCCUUUCAAGGCCCCACUAGGAUCCUAAUGUGGGGGUGGACAGCUCCUGCCCCUGCAGGCAGCUCCUGAAGGUGGGGUCUGCGGCCAUUGGCCCCACUUGGGACCCCAAAUGCUUUUGGAAGAGAAUGGCCCUAGGUUUGCACCUUGACCAAGACCCCAGGUCUCCGCUUCCCAAAUCCUGAUUUUAGGAUGUGCCAGGAAGCCCCCAGCCUUGGAGACCAGAGAUGCUCCCAAAGUGUCCCUGCAGCCCCCAUUCAUCUGCACAUGAGAAUGCUUUUUGCAUCGUUUCUUGGAGCAGUACUGAGAAAGUUACAUUUUCGACCCCAAACUUAAGACCUGGGUUGACACAUCUUGUGUCAGAAGGGACCUGAGUGUCCUGCGUAAUGCUCCCAGGAGUGCUGGACACGGCUUCCAGGGACACAGAGGGAAGGGCAGGGGCAAAAGGCAGGCAGGGGGCACCAUGUCCCCAUGAUGGGCUUGGGGGACACAGAUGAGACCGGGGUCAGCAGUGUCCUGACCCCAGAGGCCUUGAGUGGCAGGGGUGGGGACAGGGGUUUUCCAAGAUAGUAGUGAGGGCAUGGAGGAAUCUGGUGGGGUGAGGCCACCAGCAGGCUGGGGGGUCAGGCUAGGAAGCCCCUGAUUCCGGAGUCGGGAGAAGCAAGGCAAUGGCAGUAGCCCCAGGGCAAUGGGGUGGGGGGACAGCCAGCAGGACAGUACUGACUGCAGGGGCCAAGGCACACCCUUGAGAGAGAGGGAGUGGGGGCCGCAGGUCUUGGGGCUAGAGAUUGACACACACGUAAACCCACACAGGCACCUGCGCAUGCAAGCACACACACACACAGGCACAGAGGCAGGGCAGAAGUUUCUAGGGGCCUCAUCCAGGGAGGAGGGAGAAGAGCCCCAGGAAAAGUGAGUCCCCUGUCAGGGCCGAGUCGGUACAGGGCAGACCCGUGGGCCAGGUUCCUGCAGGCUGAGCUGGGGCCCAGGGGCCCUUUGGGAACACAAGGUAGAGGUCCCUGGCCCUGUGCACAAGCUGGACUUGGGAAUCCUGCCUGUGUGCUUGUCUCUCCUGGUCACUCAGGGACAAGCCUGCCCUGCCAGCCUCGUGGUACAGACCCUGAGCACAGACUGGCGCGGGUCUGCUGCCCCGGGACAGUCCAUUCCAUCCAGGCCUCCAAACCCCACGAUGCUGGGACCUCAGGUGGCUCCAGCCUCCACUGGGGCAAGACAGGCUCAGCAGGGCGGGCUCCCCUGAGGCAGUGGGAUCCAGGGGGGAGGGACUGCCUGGCAAAGGGCUGAAGCUUCAGGCGCAGGACAGGACGGCCAGAGGCUGCCGGCUUCACAGGCCUCGCACCCACCGG